AGACAAAAUUUAUAAAUCUUGAUCCAACAUAAUUAAAUGAGAAGAUUAAAAUGAAGAAAAAAAACUUGAAUUAAAAAGGAACAGAGGAUGGAGAGGAGCGUACUGCUUAAAUUCGCACACUGCACUGAUGACUGAUCAUUCACUAACCGAUAGCAAUGGCGCUCAAAUGCAGGAAAGACAAACCACCGCUCUCCUCCGUCAUUCUCCUGUCUCAGCUCUUACUGAUUGCGGCGGCGCAGUCGCCGUCCGCCUCUAGUCCGAUCAAGACUGUGGUUGUGCUUGUAAUGGAGAACCGCUCCUUCGACCACAUGUUGGGAUGGAUGAAGCAGAAGGUCAAUCCGGAGAUCGACGGCGUUGACGGGUCUCAGUUCAACCCGAUUUCCACGGCCGACCCGAAUUCCCCCCGCCUUUUCUUCGGCAAGGAGUCGCAUCUCGUGGAUCCCGACCCGAGCCACUCGUUCGAGGCCAUCCGCGAGCAGAUCUUCGGAUCCAACCACUCCUCCACGGAUCCGCCGCCCAUGAACGGAUUCGCCCAACAGGCCGCCGCCGUGGAUCCGAAUAUGUCCCGGAGCGUGAUGAACGGGUUCGAUCCGGACUUGGUCCCGGUUUACAAGACCCUCGUCUCGGAAUUCGCGGUGUUCGACCGGUGGUUCGCCUCCGUCCCGGCCUCCACCCAACCGAACCGCCUCUACGUCCACUCCGGCACCUCCCACGGCGCCGUCUCAAACGUCCCCUCCCUCCUCGUGAAAGGAUACCCCCAGCGGACCAUCUUCGAGAGCCUGGAUGAAUCCGGAAUCGAUUUCGGAAUCUAUUACCAGAGCAUCCCAACAACUCUGUUCUACCGGAACCUUCGGAAGUUGAAAUACGCCGGCAAAUUCCACCCUUACUGGCUAUCCUUCAAGAGCGACGCCAGGAAGGGGAAGCUGCCGGGGUACGUGGUGGUGGAGCAGCGGUACGUCGAUUCCGCGGUGGAGCCGGCGAACGACGACCACCCGUCGCACGAUGUGUACCAGGGGCAGAUGCUGGUGAAGGAGGUGUACGAGGCGCUGAGGUCCAGCCCGCAGUGGAACCAGACCCUGUUCCUGAUCACCUAUGACGAGCACGGCGGGUUUUACGAUCACGCCCCUAUGCCGGUGAGUGGGGUUCCCAGCCCCGACGGAAUUGUGGGACCCGACCCGUCAUACUUCAAUUUCGACCGGCUGGGGGUUCGUGUCCCCACCAUUGCCAUCUCACCCUGGAUAGAGAAAGCCACUGUGGUUCAUGGGCCAAAUGGGUCGCCUUUUCCGAACUCGGAGUACGAGCAUUCGUCUAUUCCGGCGACGGUGAAGAAGAUAUUCAACCUGCCGUCGCCGUUUCUGACGAGGAGGGAUGCGUGGGCCGGCACUUUCGAGUCCAUUCUUCAGAAGAGGAAAGAACCCAGGACUGAUUGCCCAGAGCAACUGCCAACUCCAAAAAAGAUCAGAAACGGAGGGCCAAACAUAAAAGCCGAAAUAAGCGAAUUCCAACACGAGCUGGUGCAGCUCGCCGCAGCGCUAAACGGGGACCAUCUCCUCACAAGUUACCCGGAGAAUAUCGACCGGAAAAUGACGAUAAGCCAAGUGAAAGAAUACUUGGAAGGCGCCGUUAAACGGUUUUUUGAGGCAAGCCUUUUGGCAAAGGCAAUGGGAGUUGAUGGAGACCAAAUUGUCCAAAUGAGACCUUCCCUCACCACAAGAAUAUCUCCCAAUCCUUAAGCUCUAAGCAAAAAAAGAAAAAAAAACACAUCUCAUCAUAUACUUAUGCCACAUUUUGGGAAUUGAAGAUAUUCUUUUAGGUGUGUUGUGGCAUUGUAUGUUACUACUACAUGCCUCAUUAUUUUUUCAUUCAUAUUGGAAAUGCCAAUGGAUUUUCCGAGGGGUAAUCCAAUACUGGAAAAAUACAAUGUCAUAAAGCACAAUAUAUAGA